AUGAAUGGUGACAGAAAUCGUGAAAUUCAGGCCCUUUACCAAUUAGCCGGCAUGGGCACGGCUCUAGCGUCAGCAAUCGUCGGAGGUCUUAUCACAGGUCUGAUUCUGCAAAUUCGGAUACUGAAUCAGGUCGAUGACCCGGACACAGUGCAUGGGGACAUCAACUACUAUGCACAGUCCGAAUUCAAUUUCCUCAGCAAGUACGAACGAGCACGAGAACAGGAACUGAUGGAACGGGAACGACUUCACGAAAUCUACUGA